AUGGUGGUGGCUCAGAAGACGGAGGAGAGUGAUAUGGCGGACCAUAUGCUUCUACUGACCAGGAAUCUACUUCGGAUUGCCAUAUAUCACAUAUGCUACAUAAGAGGCCUAUUUCAUGAGAAAUGUUUCAGUGAAAAGUCAGUUCUAUCACCAGAGAUGAAGAAUCAGAAGCUUAUGCCAGUGGAUCAUGACUUGGUGAGACUCGUAGAUUGGAUGGAGAAAGGUGUCUGUGAUGCAUUACAAAAGAAAUACCUCAAGACCCUUCUCUUUUGUAUCUGCGAGAAGGAGGAAGGUCCGAUGAUUGAGGAGUAUGCCUUCUCAUUUAGCUACCCGAACACAAAUUCUGAGGAAAUAGCAAUGAUCAUUAGCCGGACAGGGAGCGAAAAUGGAAGCACCGCAUUCAAGCCAAAUGCUUCAGAAUUAACACCUGAUCAGAUGAAGUACUUUCUUGAUACAAAUUUUCUUGCUUGA